UGGCGGCUCCGUAGCCGGGGCCGGGGAGCCGGGGGGCGCGGAGGAAGCCGUCGCGCGCAGCCCGGGGCGACGAUGGCGACCCCCGACCAGAAGUCGCCCAACGUUCUUCUGCAGAAUCUGUGCUGCCGCAUCCUGGGCCGGAGCGAAGCUGAUGUAGCGCAGCAGUUCCAGUUUGCUGUGCGUGUUAUUGGCAGCAACUUUGCCCCAACUGUUGAAAGAGACGAGUUUCUAGUAGCUGAAAAAAUCAAGAAAGAGCUUAUCCGACAAAGGAGAGAGGCAGAUGCUGCAUUAUUUUCAGAGCUGCACAGAAAGCUUCAUUCGCAGGGAGUUUUGAAAAAUACUUGGUCAGUACUCUACCUCUUGUUGAACCUUAGUGAGGAUCCUCGCAAGCAAGCGAGCAAGGUGUCUAGCUAUGCUUCGUUGUUUGCUCAACCAUUACCAAGAGAUGCCCAUUCAACUCCCUACUACUACGCUAGGCCUCAGACCCUCCCCCUGAAUUACCAGGACCGAAGCACCCAGGCAGCGCAGAGUGCUGGCAGCUUGGGCAGCAGUGGCAUCAGCAGCAUCAGCAUGUGUGGCCCCAGUGGUCCUACACCCGCACCCCAGCCUUUUCUCCCAGGACAGUCUCAUCAAGCUCCAGGAGUUGGGGAUUGCCUUCGGCAGCAAUUGGGGUCACGUCUUGCAUGGACUAUAAAUACAAAUCAGCCUUCUUCACAAACCCCUACCUCAAAGGGUAUCCCAAACUCUCUUUCUCGAAACACACCAAGGUCAAGGAGAGAUGGGGACAUGAGUGGUAUUACAGAAAUUACUGAAGCAGCCCUUGUGAGGGACCUUCUAUACGUCUUCCAGGGGAUAGAUGGCAAACAUAUUAAAAUGAGCAGCUCUGAAGAUUGCUACAAAGUGGAAGGAAAGGCAAACCUAAAUAAGUCUAUAAGGGACACAGCAAUCAGACUUUCUGAGCUGGGUUGGUUGCAUAAUAAAAUCAGAAAAUACACUGACCAGAGGAGUCUGGAUCGUUCAUUUGGACUUGUAGGUCAGAGCUUUUGUGCUGCCCUCCAUCAAGAGCUCACAGAAUACUAUCGACUACUGUCUGUUCUGCAUUCCCAGCUACAGCUUGAGGAUGAUCAGGGUGUGAAUUUGGGACUUGAGAGUAGCCUCACGCUGCGACGCCUCUUGGUUUGGACGUAUGAUCCGAAAAUAAGACUGAAGACUCUUGCAGCCCUGGUGGAUUACUGCCAAGGAAGGAAAGGAGGUGAGCUGGCUUCAUCUGUUCAUGCCUACACAAAGACGGGAGACCCAUAUAUGCGGUCCCUGGUUCAGCACAUUCUGAGCUUAGUGUCUCAUCCGGUUCUGAGCUUCCUCUACCGCUGGAUCUACGACGGGGAACUUGAGGACACUUACCAUGAAUUUUUUGUAGCAUCAGAUCCAACAGUUAAAACAGAUCGACUGUGGCAUGACAAGUAUACUUUGAGGAAAUCAAUGAUUCCUUCAUUUAUUACGAUGGACCAAUCUAGGAAGGUGCUUUUGAUAGGAAAAUCAAUAAAUUUUUUGCACCAAGUUUGUCAUGAUCAGACGCCCACCACAAAGAUGAUAGCCAUGACUAAGUCUUCAGAGUCAUCUCGGGAUGCUGCAGAUUUAUUCACAGAUUUAGAAAAUGCCUUUCAAGGGAAAAUUGAUGCUGCUUAUUUUGAGACCAGCAAGUAUCUGUUGGAUGUUCUCAAUAAAAAGUACAGCCUGCUGGACCACAUGCAGGCUAUGAGGCGGUACCUGCUGCUUGGCCAGGGAGACUUUAUAAGGCACUUAAUGGAUUUGCUGAAACCAGAACUUGUCCGUCCAGCAACAACUUUAUAUCAGCAUAACUUGACUGGCAUUCUCGAAACUGCUGUUAGAGCGACCAAUGCACAGUUUGACAGCCCUGAGAUCCUCCGGAGGCUGGAUGUGAGGCUGCUAGAGGUGUCUCCAGGUGACACGGGAUGGGAUGUCUUCAGCCUGGAUUAUCAUGUUGAUGGACCCAUCGCAACUGUGUUCACUCGAGAGUGCAUGAGCCACUAUCUGAGAGUGUUCAACUUCCUCUGGAGGGCCAAGCGCAUGGAGUACAUCCUCACCGACAUCCGCAAGGGGCACAUGUGCAACGCCAAACUCCUGAGGAGCAUGCCAGAGUUCUCUGGGGUUCUACAUCAGUGUCACAUUCUGGCCUCAGAGAUGGUACACUUCAUUCACCAAAUGCAGUAUUACAUCACGUUUGAGGUGCUUGAGUGCUCUUGGGAUGAGCUCUGGAGCAGAGUGAAGCAGGCGCAGGACCUGGACCACAUCAUCGCAGCACAUGAGGCUUUUCUGGAUACCAUCACCUCCCGCUGCCUUCUGGACAGCAGCUCCAGGGUACUUUUAAACCAACUCAGAGCUGUGUUUGAUCAGAUUAUUGAACUUCAGAAUACUCAAGACGCAAUAUAUAGAGCUGCUCUGGAAGAAUUACAGAGACGAUUACAAUUUGAAGAGAAAAAGAAGCAGCGUGAAAUUGAGGGCCAGUGGGGAGUGACAGCUGCAGAGGAAGAGGAGGAGAACAGAAGGAUCCGAGAAUUUCAGGAAUCUAUACCAAAAAUGUGUUCACAGUUGCGGAUAUUAACACACUUUUAUCAGGGCAUUGUGCAACAGUUUUUGGUGUCUCUGACAACCAGCCCUGAUGAAAGUCUGCAGUUUCUCAGCUUCAGGUUGGACUUCAAUGAACAUUAUAAAGCCAGGGAGCCCAGGCUCCGAGUGUCUCUUGGCUCUCGAGGGCGGCGCAGUUCCCACACAUGAGCAGCAGACGCUGUGACCAGCGUUACUAGACGUCAGUGCACAUGUUGACCCUCAGGGCAGCUGGCACAGUGCAGGCAGCCACCCGUCCGCCAUGAGGGCUGCAGUACUGCGGUGACAUGGUGUCUGGUGGAUUGAGUCAUGUCUCAUGCACUAGAGAUGAAUAUGUUUGUGACAUCCCUGAGCUGCACAGGUCAGCUUGUGCCAUUCAGAUUCAUUCUGAAGUCUUCAUAGUGGUCCAGAGGCACCACGGUGUGCUGGGCCUUAAGUUCUCCACGGAUGCCAUUUAUAUUUGUCACUGAAAAAAAAAUAUAUCUAUAUAUAUAAACUUCACUUGGUUUAACAAGAACUAGGACAGUGGUAUAUUCAUAAAUUAAGAUGGUAAUGUAAUGCUAUUUUUAACAUUCUCUUUAGAGGCAGUUUUUGGUACCGUGAUCAUAUUAAAUUGAAAGGAGAGAUGUCCCUGCUAAGAAAAUCCAGCACAUUUUAUUUUGGUAUUAGUGUUGUAAUAAUAACCUGUGUGAGAACAUCUGUCUUGAUGCAUUGCCUUCACAUGAUUGUUCUUACUUUUUCUUCCAAAGUUUACAUUUUUAUAUUUAGUUUACUACUCCAGGUAACUUGUAAAACAGUAGCAGCACACAAAGCCAUGUAGAACAGGAGCAUCUGUGCACAGUUGCGGCCUGGGUGUGUCAGAGCUGCCGGCCAAGGCACUAUGAAGAUGAAGGACUUGAGAGGAACCAAGGGUUCAUGUUCAAAAUUCUGAUAAGCAUUGCAAAGAAAUCGACUUGGAUAAUGAAGAUUUUUCUUUUUCCUUGCCUAUUUUUUCAUUGUAAAUAUUUAUAUACUACUGACCAGAUGUUGGAGGAAAUGUUUUUUGUAAAACUGUCACAUUGGGUCAUAUAAGUUUGCCUUUUUUAUGUUGCAUAAGUGAGAACUUAGAAAAUUAAAAAUGAUUAUCUUUCA